CUCUGCAGAGCACGCUUGCCAAACCAGGAAGUGUGUCAGAGGUACAACUGCUGAGCAGGCCAGCUUCGUGAACACCUCCCCCUCCCCCCAGCAGAAGCUCUGACCAGAUUCUAAAAGUUGAGAAUGAAAACAAAUGAUCUUGUCUCGGGGAUGGCUGUAGUCGAAUGGCUCAAUCUCAAAAUGCUCCUGAUAUUCCUGCUAGGUUUCUUGCUGGUGUUUUACCUCAUCCAAGCAAGGAUACCGAACCAGCUUCCCCCGGGACCUUCCUUCUGGAGUCAGUGUGGAUAUUUCUUCACUUGUGACAGGAGGCUUCUCCACAUGAGGAUGAAACAGGUCGUCAACACAUACGGGAACGUUUGCACAGUGAAUAUGUUUUGGGUCAAAGUCCUUAUCAUGAGCGGGUUUCAGACAAUUCAGGAAGCUCUAGUCCUGCACAGUAAGGAGUUUGCCGGGAGGCCAACUAUGCGUAUUAAUGAUCUUCUGGCAAAAGGCCAAGGCAUCAUUACAGCCCCCUAUGGCAAGUCCUGGAAACAACAACGCCGAUUCACUCUCACCAUUUUCAGGAACUUUGGCUUGGGGAAAAUUGCCUUUGAGGUGAGAAUCCAGGAAGAGGCUCAGCAUUUGACGGAAACCCUCAAAUCAAAGUUUGAAGGUCAAGUUGUUGAUCUCAAGCCCCUUAUCACAGCUGCGGUUUCCAACGUGAUUUGCUCGAUCAUUCUUGGCCAGCGUUUCCGCCAUGAUGACAAGACCUUCACACGAUUGAUCAAGUUGUUUGAUGAAGCACUGGAGUUGUCAUCAGGAUUCUGGAUAAAGGCCUGUGCUGUGCUUCCUGCUAUCUACCAUCUCCCUGGGCCACACCAGAGGAUAUUUGAAAACAAGGCUGCCAUUGAAGCCAUACUUCAGGAUUUCAUCAGGCAGCACCGAGAGACACGGGAUGGGGAAACCAUCCGGGAUUUUAUUGAUGCCUACUUACUGGAGAUGGAAAAGAAGCAAGAAGCUGACUCGUUUAUGCUGGAUGGAAACCUGCUAUAUAAUAUUUACGACCUUUUCCUGGCGGGAACUGAGACCACGACCACCACCCUUCAAUGGGGGCUGAUGUACAUGAUGGCUUACCCUGACAUACAAGAGAGAUGUCAGAAGGAGAUAGAUGAAGUGAUCGGUCGGUCCCGUACCCCGUCCCUGGAGGACAGAGCCAGGAUGCCGUUUGUCAACGCUGUCAUCCAUGAGAUCCAGCGAUUUGCAAGCGUACUGCCAUUUUCCGUUAUGCACACAACCACGCAAGACAUUAGAUUUAUGGGAUACACCAUCAAAAAGGACACCCUUGUGUUAUUCAACCUGUGGUCGGCUUUGACUGAAGAGGGUCAGUGGAAGCACCCACACCAGUUCAAUCCGGAGAAUUUUUUAAACGACAGCGGGGAGUUUUUCCAACCGGAUGCAUUCAUACCCUUCUCGAUGGGACCCCGUGUUUGCCUUGGAGAAAAAUUGGCCAGAAUGGAGCUCUUCCUCUUUUUCACCUUCCUCCUUCAACAACUGGAGUUCCGCUGGCCUGACAAAUCAUCCCCUCCAAAUCUGGAAGGAGUGUAUAAAAUUGUGUUGGCCCCACACCCAUACAAGGCAGAAGUCAGGUGCAGGGAAACCUGAGCAGUCAUCUGAAACUAUAAGACCAUAACACAUAGGAGCAGAAUUAGGCCAUUUGGCCAAUCGAGUCUGUUCUGCCAUUCCGUCAUGGCUGAUUUAUUACCCCUCUCAAUCUCCUUCUCCCCAUAACCUUUGACACCCUGACUGAUCAAGAACGUAGCUUUAAUUAUUCAAUUCAAUUGUCAUUUAACCAUCGAUGAAUACAGCUAAUCGAGACAGUGUAACUACGGGGUCAAAGUGCAAAGACACAACACCAAUAGUCACACACAAUAAGCACAAACAAGAUCAUAAUCUCGUAAUGAGAUCCACCUCCCCCCAGACCCCGUGACCCUGUAGCUUGACGCCCAGGCCUCACACAUACAAGUCAACAAACCCAUCUAGGAUAUCGGUAAAAAUACGACGACACAGAAUAUGCACAUAUAUAAUCCAGAACAACCCCCCCCCCCCCAGCCCACCGAUAUCAUCUGUGGACUGGCCCACUAGGCAACUCCACAGUUUUGAAGCCCAGUCCUCCCAUAGACAGACACAUAUAGUGAAAACAUAACCACACAACUAUCUAUGUGUACAGUUCAAACCCCUCGGUCCAGUUGAGGUCUUCAGUCAUCACAACUGUGCUGCACUGCCCUGACAGAGCACGCUGCUUUGGACGCUCCUUCCCCCGGUGCCUGAAAAGCAAGUGUCCCCACAGCUUGAGUCCCCAAUUUCACCGAGCGCCUCCACAAAAAACCUGCAGCUGGCCGCCAUAGAGCUUGUCUUAUGCCGAGCAAAACACUGGGUGGGCAGAGAUGUCGCAUCCGUACUGUCCCCGGAGAAGCACCAACAGAUUUGACCGAUCGCACGGUGCGGCAGCACGGCUGCAAACGAGUGGCACCGUGGCUUCAGGCCUAGUCCUUGCUCUGACACAGUCCAGGGAGCUUCCCCUCCAUCCACCCCAAUGACUUGGCCUCCACAGCAACCUGUGGAAAUGAAUUCUACAGAUUCACUACCAUCUAGCUAAAGAAGUUCCUCCUCAUCUCCGUUCCAAAGGGAUGUCCUUCUAUUAUGUGGUGUGCCCUCUGGUCCUAGGCUUGCCCCACUAUGGGAAACAUCCUCUCCACAUGCACUCUAUUUGGACUUUUCUGUGUUGGACAGGUUAAGUGAGAUCCUCUCUCGUUCUUCUAAACACCAGUGAGUGCAGGCCCACAGCGUUCAAAAAUUCCUUGUAUGUUAACCCUUUCAUUCCUGAGAUCAUUCUCAUGAGCCUCCUGGGGACCCUUUCCCAAUCUAGCACAUCCUUUCUCAGAUAAAGGGCACAAACCUGCUCACAAUACUCCAAGUACAGUCUGACCAAUGCCUUAUAAAGCCUGAGCUACUUUGGUUCAUAGGAACAUAAGAAAUAGGAGCAGGAGAAGGCCAUCCGGCCCAUCGAGCCUGCCCCGCCAUUCAAUAAGAUCAUGGCUGAUCUGACCAUGGACUCAUCUCCAUGCGCUGGGAAUGAGGCAGAGAUGAGUGUUUCAGAAAUGACACAUGGGGAGGGGGCAAUCAGCUGUUUAUCUCACCGUGACUUCACUCAGUUGAAGUCAGCCUGUUCUACCUUUCGUACACCAGCAAUUUCCUUCCAAGCGAUUCAUGUUCUAUUUAGAGUCACAGAAAAGGACUGCACAGGAACAGGCCAUUCAGCCAUCUAGUCUGUGACAAACCAUUUGUACAUUGACCUAGAGAAUCGAUCCCCAUAACCUCCUGCCCAAGCUUCUCUUAAACAUUGAAAUCGAGCUCGGAUGCACCACUCGCUCUAGCGGCUCGUUUCUCACUCUCACCACCCUCUGAGUGAAGAAGUUUCCCCUCAGGUGCCACUUAAGCUUUUCACCUUUCACCCUUAACCCAUGACCUCCAGCUGUUCUCCCAUCCAAUCUCAAUGGAAAAAGCUUGUUUGCAUUUACUCCAUCCAUACCCUUCAUAACUUUGUGUACCUUUAUCAAAUCCCUCUUCGGUCUUCUGCAUUCCAAGGAAUAAAGUCCUAACCUAUUCAAUCUUUUCUUACAACCAAGGUCCUCAGGUCACAGAAACAUCCUUGUAAAUUUUCUCUGUACUCUUUCAACCUUACUUAUAUCUUUGUCGGUAAAGUGUUCUGAGUUGCAUUAACUACAACAUUAAUUGAGGAAUCCAUAAUUCUCUCUAUAAUAUUCCCUUCUGCUGUUUGAAAAUGGAAAAAACCUUCCAUAGAAGAAUGAAUGUAACUCUACUGCCUUUAUAAUUAAAAUUCACUAAUAUCUUACCUACAUAAUUAAUGUUCAAUAUCUUGCAGCAGAAUUUACAAAGCAAAUCUUGAAGAAUGAACAGUGCCAGAAUCAUAAACACAAGAGAUUCUGAAGUUCUGGAAAUGCAGAGCAACACACACACAAAAUGCUGGAGAAACUUAGCAGGUCAGGCAGCUUCUGUAGAAGUGAAUAAACUGUCAACAUUUUGGGCCAAGACCCUUCUUCAGGAUUGGAAAGGGUGGGAUGGGGGACAUGCAAGAAAGUGAUUGGUGAAGCCAGGUGGGUGGGAAAGGUAUAGGGCUGGAGAGGAAGGAAUCCAAAAGGAGAGGACAGUGGACCAUGGGAGAAAGGGAAGGAGGAGGGGACAGUGGGAGGAAAUAGGCAGGUGAGAAGAGGUAAGUGGCCAGAGAAGGGGGAGGAAAUUUUUCAAAGGUUUCAAAGGUACAUUUAAUGUCAGAAAGAUGUAUACAAUAUACAUCCUGAAAUCCUUUUUCUUUGCAGCCAUCCACAAAAACAAAGGAGUGCCCCAGAGAAUGAAUGGCAGUUAAAUGUUAGAACCCCAAAGUCCCCCCCCC